CUAAGCUACCUUAAGCUACCAUAGAUUGACCGUCUGCGACUGUACGCUCGCCCUCAGGAGCUCGCCGAAUCCCAAUCCAAAGCUUCGGGUAGCUUCUGCCAUUUUUCCGCCGCAUCUUUCAGUCUAAUCAGGAGCAGCACCUCCCUCCAAUCGACACUCGACCGACCGACCAUGCCACUGCGAAGCUCGAGUUGACGGCACAUCUGGCAUAAUGACGGGCGCAUCCGACUCCGAUCGCGAUCCUCCCACCGCCGCGCAAAAGGGAAAGGGACCUGAGGUUGCCGAGAAUGGCGGCACUUCCGUCAACGCCCCUGGGGAAACUGCUGCGGAGACGGCUGGCAAGGAGACCGGAGGCGGUGACUCCGCCAGUCGUGACGAUGAGGAGGAAGAGGAGGAGGAAAGCGAUGAGGACGACGAUGAUGACGAUGAGGAAGAUGAAGAUGACGACGAGGACGAUGAGGACGAGGAGCCUAGACUCAAGUACGCCCGUCUCACACAACACCUGGGCCCCAUCUACCGCAAUGGUGAUGCUACGAGCUCGUUCCUUGUUGCUGGUGAUAAGAUGAUCAUAGGGACACACAACGGCAACAUCCACGUGAUCCAACUACCCAUGUUCCAGUCCCUCCGAGUUUACCACGCCCACUCUGCCUCCAUCACCAGUAUCUCCAUCUCUCCUAAUCCGCCCCCCCUGCCGACGGCGAGGUCCGAAGCCGUUCAAAGGUUGGCAGCCGAAGCUGCAGAGAAUGUAGCAAAGCAGCGUCCAGCUUCCCGCCAGUCAGGCAGCUCGCCAGCCGCUGCAUCGAGACGGCCCAAGGAGCCUUCGCCAGUCCCAAACACCCCUUCGAACAACGUCCACAUAGCCACCUCGUCAAUGGAUGGCAACGUUUGCGUCUUCUCCCUCGUAGACACGAAAGAUGUUCAGUUACGCAACUUCGCCCGCCCAGUACAAGCCGUAGCCCUGUCCCCUGACUACAAGAACGAUCGAACCUAUCUUUCUGGUGGACUUGCCGGCCAACUCAUCCUCACUUCCGGCGGGCAAGCCGGUCGAAGUACCUCAACGACUGUAGGCACCGCGGCCGCUACGGCGUCUGGAUGGCUGGGCAGUAUGGGCUUAGGAACGAACACAGGCAAGGAUACCAUUUUGCAUUCCGGCGAAGGCACCAUCAACACUAUCAAAUGGUCCUUGUCGGGUAAAUACGUGGUCUGGCUCAACGAGCACGGCGUAAAGAUUAUGCGCUCCAAGCUUCACCUCGAGAGUGCCGACGCCGAUGAUGCCUGGAAGCGAAUCGGGCACGUGGAUCGCCCCCAAACAGACGAGUGGGAGACCAUGGCCAGCGUCUGGAAAGGCCGCGCCGAAUGGAUUGACGAGCAGGCAGUCGAGACCGAAGAUGGUGAGCCCGGAAGGGCAGACGUAGCUACAACACCAGCAUCCGAGAGCUUGAAGCAACAAUCAGUAUCGAGUACGAAAAAGAUCGAAAGGCUCCUUGUCGGCUGGGGCGGGACGAUAUGGAUCAUUCACGUCCAUCCUGGCAGUGUUGGCACUGGGAAGCGAGCCGGCGAGAAGUCCAUUGGCCGCGCCGAAAUAGCGAAGCACCUUCGCAUGGAUUGCAUCAUUUCUGGAAUUUCGUUAUAUACCCAAAACCUUCUCCUUGUAUUAGCAUAUGUAUUGCCGGACGAUGACGACGAUGACGAUAGCAAGGACGGUGACGACGACAAAGUCACCAGGGGUCACAAGUCCAAGAUCUCGUCGACUACAAGCGGGAGCGAGCCAUCAGGCGGCAUAAAGAGGCGUCAGAAUAACCUUCCGCCUGAACUUCGGCUGAUCGACCUCAAAUCGCAAGCCGAGAUCGACAAAGACGGCCUCAGCGUGAGCAGAUAUGAGAGGCUAUCGUCGGGCGAUUACCAUCUCGGGGUGCUACCAGCGCAAAACGCGGCUUCCGCUGUGGCCUCGUCCAGGGGAGCUUUGGAAGCCAUCACCGGCUUUGGCUCCGACAUGUGGAAUGCGGCCAUCAAUCCAAGGACGCUGUUCAGUUCGGGCGCAAGCAUCAGGAGCGGGAACAGCGGAGAUGGUGUCUCGAGCUCGCAGGUUCCGAGUUCCGCAAGUGGCGGCCGAAGGUCUGGGACACCGACUGUCCACCCCAACCUUGUCAAGCCCGGAGUCAAGAUCUUCAUACACAGCCCCUUUGACUUUAUACUCGCAACAAAACGAGACCUUGGUGAUCAUCUGGGCUGGCUGUUGGAGCACCAGGAGUACCAAAAGGCAUGGGAGUUGUUGGAUGAGCAUCCCGAGAUUAUGGCCUCUCCCCCAGAGAACCUUCAUGAGCUUGUCCCGACAACGCCGGAUAGGAACCAAAGUAGUCCAGACGAUGUUCUGGACGAUCCCUACGAUACCUCGUCAGUCAUGGGUUCCACGGGACUGGCGAGGCACCCGAACUCGUCAGCGCAAAAAGAGAAGAGACGCAUUGGUGAGCUGUGGAUACGAGAGCUAAUCGAAGCCGGCAACUGGGCCGAGGCCGGUAAGGUCUGCGGCAAAGUGCUUGGAUCCUCGGAGAGAUGGGAGAAAUGGGUCUGGACGUUUGCAGGUGCCGACAAGUUUGACGAGAUCACAGACUACAUUCCCUCUGAGCCAAUGUAUCCGCCUAUCCCCGGUACCAUCUACGAAGUCGUCCUGAACCACUACAUACAAGUGGACAAGCUCCGCUUCAGAGAAUUGCUGGACCGCUGGUCAACCGAUCUCUUUGAUAUCAAGACAGUCACCACUGCGCUGGAGAACCAGCUCAAAUACCGCAACGUCCGCGAGGACAGCGUUGAGGGUGGCGAAAAGGGCCGCGACUGGAAGAUUGUCAUGGAGUCGCUGGCGCGGCUACACGAGGCGAACGGCCGUUUUCGAGAGUCGCUCAAAUGCUACAUCAAGCUCCAAGACGCAGACUCGGCGUUCAGGCUGAUUCGCGACAACCACCUGGCUGAGGCGGUCACGGACGACAUUCCUGGGUUCAUCGGAUUGCGAGUACCCAACAACAAGCGCGAGUUUCUCCGGGAGGCCGACCUGGAAGCGGCUACGUCAGAAGCCAUCACGCUGCUGGUUGACGAGGCGCAGCAUGGUCUCGUCAAGCCAUCGGCGGUUGUGUCGCAGCUUCAAGAACAAGAUCUGAUGCUUUACCUGUUCUUUUACCUCCGUGCCCUGUACAAGGGUGAGGGUCUUGAGGAGCACUCUGGCGAGAACCGAGACAGGCUAUUGAUGGACAGCCAGUCGCAGGUCGACGAAUUCGCCGAUCUUGCUGUUGAACUGUUUGCCAAGUGGGAGCAACCGCUCUUGAUGAGCUUUCUGAAGUCGUCAACUUCAUACAAGUUCGAGAAGGCCGUGCAAGAGUGCGAAAAGUACAAGUACUACGACGAACUGGUUCAUCUAUAUUCCAAGACGGGAGAGAUGAAGCGUGCUCUCUAUCUCAUCAUCGACCGGCUGCAAGACGUGAAGAAAGCGAUUGAGUUCGCAAAGCAACAGGACGACCCCGAUCUCUGGGACGACUUGCUCGACUAUAGCAUGGACAAGCCGAGCUUCAUUCAGGGACUCCUCGAGGAGGUCGGGACGGCCAUCAAUCCAAUCAAGCUCGUCCGCCGCAUCCCGGAAGGACUGGAGAUACAAGGGUUGAGGGAGGGAUUGAAGCACAUAAUGAAGGAACACGAGAUCCAGUACAGUAUCAGCUUAGGCGUCGCGCGAGUGCUUCGAAGCGAAGUGGCCUCAGCGCAGAACGACCUCCGCAGCGGGCAACGCAAGGGCAUCAAGUUUGAGUUGGUCGUCCAGUCUACGGACCAUGUGGACGUGCAGGUUCGGGACGUGGUGCACCCGCCCAUCAGUGCAGAGGAAGUGGAGGAGAGCUUCUUCAAGGCGCCCAAGGCCGAGCAGCCGGGCCACAGCCACGAGCCAUCGAAGCCGGGCCACUGUGCGCAGUGCCACGAGCCCUUCACGGAGUACGAGAUGGAGACACUGGUCGGUUUCGCCUGCGGGCACGUCUUCCAUCUGUCCCACCUGCUGGAGAUGCUGUACCCCGGCAAGAGACAGGAAGCCGACUACGGGAUCAACAGCGAGGAAUCCAUUCGUAGCGGGUACCGGGUCGGGUCCAAGGUCACCCACGCGCGCCUACUGAAGGAUCGGAUACGGGAGGGAUGUCCUGUAUGCACCCACGGGGCUGAGGUGCCGGCGUAAGGGGGCUACCGGUGUAAGGGUUACUGUAAUACUAGCGAGUGACGAGCAUACGGCGGCGAAGCCAUCUUUUGACACCCCAUCCAUUGUCCCUGUACUGAAU